CCUCAGACGCUGACAGCUCUUUGCUUCUCAAUCAUGCAAUACAUACCUGCCUUCAAUUAUUUCUCUCAAUGGAAGGAUUCAUGACUUUCCCUUCUCUGGGCUUUGCAUUUCUUCAUUACGCCCUUCGUCCUCCCUCUCCCUCUCCGUCACCUCCCACCCUCCUCAUCAACACCAUGCUUCAAAAUUCCUUCCCCCCUCUCCUUUCAUAGCCCCCCUCUCUUUUAUUUGUUCCCAAAUCUCACGUUUCUCUCUAAUUGGAUAUCCCGUCAUUUAAUCCUCCUUUGUUGGAAAAUAAAAUCUUUUGCCUCCUAGUUUCCUUCUCACUGACGGCGCGUCCUUCCAUAUCUUUGCCGAUUCGUCUGGCCAACGAAAACCGGAGGGCUUUCUUUCUGCCUCACAGCUCCCCUGUGGUAUUAGGAGAGUGAUGCAUUUUGAAUCUCCAAAAAAAUGGCAAAUCUCGUUCCCGGGGUUCUUCUGAAGCUUCUGCAGCACAUGAACACCGACGUCAAAGUUGCCGGUGAGCACAGGUCUUCUCUCUUGCAAGUUGUGAGCAUUGUUCCGGCUCUUGCGGGCGGCGAGCUAUUCCCCAAUCAAGGUUUUUAUCUCAAGGUCUCCGAUUCCUCUCAUGCCACCUACGUCUCUCUCCCGGACGAGCACGACGAUCUCAUUCUCAGCGACAAAAUUCAGUUAGGUCAGUUCAUUUUCGUUGAUCGCCUGGAAGCUGCUUCGCCUGUACCGAUUCUUCGCGGGGUUAGGCCUGUUCCAGGGAGACACGCCUGUGUGGGAAGCCCUGAAGACAUUGUCGCAACUCAUUCUCUUGGGUUUCUUAAUAACAAUAACAGCAAUUCCACAGAGAGAUCGAAAUCUCCUAAAAGGGAGAAAGUCAGAUCAAAUGAUAUUGUGAAGGAAGAACAGUUGGAGGAAAAACCGGCGCUGUUUAGCAGAGGUAAAACACAGCCAACAAAAUCAGGGCUAAAAGUGGAUAUGAAGAAAGAGACCUUGACAAGAUUGAAGUCCUUGAAUUCACGGUCGAUUCCUUCGUCGCCGACCAGCUGCUAUUCUUUGCCUUCCUCUUUUGAGAAAUUUGCGAACGGGGUGAAGCAGCAGGCUAAGAUUAAGGGAGUGGAGAAGCUGGCCGCUAAAGUGGGAGUGGUUGAGACCGGGAAGGCCAUUCGUGGGGGUAGUCCCACACCAACAGGGAAGAAAAUUGGUGUAGGAAACCCAAUCAAAAGUUUGGUUCAGGGCAUGGAGUUCGGGGCAAAGGCACUUCGUAAGAGCUGGGAAGGGAAUCUGGAAGUCAAGAAUAGAGAUAAUUCAAAAUUGAGAGCUGCCAAGUGUGAUCCUAAGCAUGAAGCUCGUAGUUCAGCUCCGAGGAAAAGCACAUCAAGUGAAAAAUUGGCAUCUAAGGAGGAUAGCAAGGCACAAGCAACUUCAAAGCCUUCUAAGGAGGAACAUAAGGCUCAAACGUCUUUGAAGAAGGUUAUUGCUAACGGAACUCCAGAGAGCCAAGAAAAGUCAAGUAAACUAAGAGCUUCCCUAGGAAAGAAAUCAUCAGAAUUGUCUAGCAACGGGCUCCCAGGAAACUUGGUUAAAGUUUCUCUGAAUAGUAAAAAAGUGACAGAUGCAAGCGUUCAAUGGGCUUCACUCCCAUCCUCUCUUGCAAAGCUUGGGAAGGAAGUUAUGAAACAAAGAGAUGCAGCACAGAUGGCAGCAAUUGAGGCCAUGCAAGAGGCGUCUGCUGCUGAGAGUUUGCUUCAAUGCCUUAGCAUAUACUCGGAGCUAAGUAAUUCUGCAAAGGAACACAGCCCGCAGCCUACAGUUGAGCAGUUUCUGAGUCUUCGUGCAAGCCUAAAUGGUGCUUGCAUAGUUGCUGACUCCCUAUUGAAAACCAUUCCUGAUGGUUCAUCUGUAGAUCAUGAAAAGAACGCAGUGGAAGAAGCACUAAAAGUAACAUUAGACAGGCAAAAACAUGCUGCUUCCUGGGUUCAGGCUGCCUUAGCCACCAAUUUAUCAUCCUUUGCAGUCUUUACCAGAGAACCUCAAUCGUCCAAGCUUCCAGCUUCAAGUAAUGGUCAACAUCAAAAGACUAUCCUUGGAAGUCAGCCCAUGUUGGUUCUAGAGAAUGCCAGUGAAUAUGCUUCUUCGAAACUUCAGGUAAAAACCCGUUCAGUGGUCAAUUCUAAACAUGUAGUGCAAGGAACUCCUCGUCGAUCAAGUGAUGGGUUAGCAAAUGGACAAAAGCAGCCACCUCAACCUUGGGUUAAGGGAAAUGGGCUUGAUGAGGUGGUAAAUUUAGCUGAAAUGCUACAGUCACGGUCCAGAGACUGGUUUUUGGGAUUUGUCGAGAGAUUCUUGGAUACUGAAGGGGAGGCAAUCCUGUCAGAUAAUGGCCAAAUAGCUGGUAUGUUAUCUCAGCUAAAGAGUGUAAAUGAUUGGUUAGAUGAGAUAGGGUCGAACAAGAAUGAGGCAGAAUCCUGCCAGAUAUCAUCAGAGACUAUUGAUCGUUUGAGAAAGAAGAUAUAUGAAUAUCUUCUAACACACGUCGAAUCUGCCGCCGCCGCACUCAGUGGUGGAUCACAAUCAUCACCUCGGAUCGAAGCAACAGAAACUAAAGCAAGAAGGUAAAAAGUAGGUAGAUACUUCAGCUGAAGGAUGGAUUGUUAGGGUGGAGGGGGAGUGGCUACCUCGCCCGGCGAAGUUGAUCUGGUCCUCCUAGCUUCCCCCCUCCCCAUAAAAGAUUGCUUUUUCUUCUCUUUUUGUACAUAAAUCCUGCAUUUGUUUGAGAUAUAGGUGGAGUGGCAAAUUAUUAUCAAGGAAAGUAGCUACUAUGAACUGCGAAUAUUUUUACCCCAUUUGUCUGAUAAUUGUUCAAGUGAAAUUAUACGAAUGAAAAUACAUGCGAAACUGAUCUUUAUUGGGUUA